GUAGAAAUCCACUCUUCUUCCAUUUGUUCAAGUCCUUGAUCCUUGAUCCAACAGCUUUUCGGAGAUUUUUUAACUACUAAUCCAAAUGGAAGCAAUGCAGAGACCAGCAGCAACUAAGGUUUACCAGGAUUUUGUUCCGGCUUCAGAGAUUGUAGAGGAGCCACAAUGCAACACCCUCGUUCUCUAUCUGCCCGGUUUCAAGAAGGAGCAACUUAGAGUCCAGCUGACUGCAUCCAGAAACCUGGUGAUCACCGGAGAACACCCUGUUGGACAAAAUACUUGGCGGCGCUUUCAGAAGACAGUCCCAAUUCCUGUCAAUUGUGACAGUAGCAAAAUUACUGCCAAGUUUGAAGAUCAAAUACUCUACAUCACACAGCCAAAACUGAUAGCUUCUGCAGAGAAACAAGAUCAAAAGGCAACCACAAGCAAGCAGGAUGGCCUCACCGCAGAGAAACAAGAUCAAGAAACUCCAUCCAGUAAAACUCCUGAAAGUUUUAAGCAGGCAGAUGAAAAUGAGGUUCCAGGCAAGGGCAAACAAGUACCCGAUCCCAAACAAGAGGACAACAUAGAUGCGGAUAGAAAAGAAACAGCAGAAGAAAAUGUUGAGAAGAAUGGAGCAAAGGGGGAUGAUUUUAAGAAUGCUGUGGAGGGUAGUAAUGAUGGUAAGACCGUCUCGGAUGACAUUCCUGAGGUGGAGAAAACUAAAAAAACAGCAGACACUGGAAAGGCGAAAGAAGAUGGUGACCAAAAACACAGCACUUAUUCCGGGAUCAUCUCAACAGAUAUGAAUAUUCAGAAGAAAGUGAUAAGCAUUGUUAUUGCUAUUGCAGUGGCUAUUGCAUUUGGUCUGCAUGUUUAUUAUUUAGUUGGAAGGGGGGGGAAAGCUGUAAAAGAAGAUCUGUAAUCUGUAUAUUCUGGAACAAAAAUUUCAUUAAUCGCAUGUAAUAAUAUAAUGAGACUAAUAAAUUCAAUGAGCUUUAUUCAA